AUGGCAGACCCCGUGGCGAUCCAGCAGGAGAUUGCUGAUAUUGAGAAGAGGAUCGAAGAAGCACAAGCACAACUCAAGGAUGCAAAGUCAAGAUUACAAAAAGCUCAAGAGGCGUCGUUUGUCAACCCUGGUGCGAACAUGUCUGAGGAAGAGAAGAUGGCGCUCAUCAAGGUCAACUUGGCCGAGGUGCUGAACCCAGAGAUCAUGGACGAGGCGCUCAAGAAGCAAGGGCACUUGAAGGUUUACUGGGGUACUGCGACAACAGGAAGACCUCAUUGCGGUUACUUCGUACCUAUUCUCAAGCUCGCGCAAUUCCUUGCGGCAGGCUGCCAUGUCAAGAUCCUCCUCGCUGACAUCCACGGCUUCCUCGACAACCUGAAAGCUCCAAUCGAGCUCGUCAAGUUCCGCGCAGAGUACUACCGCUACACCAUCACCGCACUGCUCAAGGCCGUCAAGGUGCCAAUCGACAAGCUGGAGUUUGUGCUAGGAUCGAGCUACGAGUUGAACUCAGACUACACCAUGGAUCUCCUGAGACUCGCAAGUAUAACAAGUGAGGCGGCGGCGAAGAAGGCAGGCGCAGAAGUUGUCAAGCAAACAGAGAAUGCGCCUCUGAGUGGACUCAUCUAUCCACUCAUGCAGGCCCUUGACGAGCAGUACCUCGAUGUAGAUGUCCAGUUUGGAGGUGUAGACCAGCGCAAGAUCUUCGCGCUCGCAAAGGAUGUCCUUCCCAAGAUUGGCUACAAGGAGCGCGCGCACUUGAUGAACCCCAUGGUUCCCGGUCUACAAGGAGGAAAGAUGAGCUCUUCGGACCCCGACUCUAAGAUCGACGUACUAGACGAUGCAGACGUCGUGAAGCGCAAGCUCAAGAAAGCCCACGCCGCACCCAAGGUCGUCGAAGACAACGGUGUACUCAGCUUCGUCGAAUACGUCCUCCUUCCCGCCGGCCACCUCAUCUAUGGCGAACCCAAAUUCGUUGUCAAGCGCCGCGACGCCGAGCCUCUCACCUACACAGACAUCAAGAAGAUGCAAGAAGACUACUCCAACGACAUCCUUAAACCUCAAGACCUCAAGCCCGCUGUCACAGAAGCACUCAACGCGCUUUUGGAGCCAGUGCAGAAGGAGUUCCAGGCUAACCAGGCGUGGAAGGAUAUUGAGCAAAAGGCUUACCCACCACCACCUGUCGUUAAGAAGGAGAAGAAGGUCAAGAACAAGGGUACUUUCCACCCUAAGCGCAACGUAGAGGCCAAGCCAGACGGACACGUUGAGGGUGAGGACAAGGCCAGGGUUGAUGUUGGAACCGAGGGCGGAGACAAGGCUAUUGAGGGUCUAACGCUAGAAGAGAAGAAGUAG